AUGGCAAACAAGCAAGGAAAGAUGGCUGACUUCUGCUCUCUUUACAGGCCGGACUCGUACGUUAUACCCUUUGCGAUGGCUCCUGAAGCUCUUUUGCGCUCUCGCGACAUGGAUUUGUGGCUGAUGUGGAGUUUAGAUCAACUACCGGAUGAGGGUCACGAUGAACGAUGGACGCCAGAUGGUUGGACAGAUCACAUGAACCUCGUUCUCGCAGACACCGAAGAGUUCAGACGCGUCAAGCGCAAGGCCGCGAAGUCUAGUGCGGCUCCAGGCGCAAGCAGCAGCUCAGCAGCCCUCGUCGAAUCCGAAGAGAAGCGUACAUUAGGUCUCACCAUUGUCCGAGGCGCCCAUAUCAUUUCCCUGUCCGUCGAAUCACCCCCACCAGCCGACCCCGCUGCGCGACUCGGAGCCAGUGCGCCAGGUGGAAUCUCUUCGACUCUGCAGGCAGGUGCUGGUAUCGCACGUCCAGCUGGAAGGGGUGCUGCUGUCGGCUUGGCAGGACCUGCGGCAGGUAUCGGUGGACCCCCCGCAUUUGGAGGCUUUGGAGCGCCACCCCCAUUUGCUGGCAGAGGAGCGCCGCCAGGAUUUCCUCCUGGAGGCUUCCCACCACCUGGUUUCCCGGGACAAGGCCCACCUCCUGGGUUUGCUCCUCCAAGAAGAUAG